AUGUCUGAAAUUGAUGAAUUUAUUGUAAUCACUGCAACCAAUAUUCGUUGCGUAACUUAUUUUAUCGGGUUAGCUCAUGGUGUAUUAAAUGAUGCAAUCGCACUCUUCUUUGAACAAGGUGAAAUUUCAAUUCCCGACAAUUUUAGAACGGAUUUAAUCCAAAAGAAGGAAAAACCUGUUGUAGAUACUGAGAAAUCAAAUAAACUUAUGGAUGUAAACGCUGUUAAAGCACAACAGGUCGAAAUACCAGAGAUAGAAAAAAAUCCUCAAUUGUUAAUACCAGUUGAAGAGAUGGUGUUACCAAAAGAAAGAGAAAUUUAUCAUUUACCACUUCCUUCACCUCAAAUGAACCUCGACGAUUAUACUUUGGAAAAUUCUGCAGAAGAAUAUGGCUACAAGAAUAAAUCCGGUCAAAAACAAGUUUCCCAAAAGAAGCUUCCAACUUGCAUUGACAAUACUUUUACUUUUUACAGUAAUGGAUACAUAUAUGACGGUGAAAUCGGAUCCUUUGAUUAUAUGACUUAUCAACAAAUGAUAACCGAUUCCUUCCCUCAACGACCAAACCCGAAUCUCCCAUCAAAUCCGGCUACUCAAUACGUGUAUAAAUUAAAUGAAAAACUUCCAUGA